AUCAUUAAAAUGGACAUAAUAAAUAUAUGUAAAGAGGGUGUUUGCCAGUUAAAUUUUGCAAUGCAUAAUGUAUCCAGGUCAUGAGCUAAUUUCUAAUAUAGUACUAAUAAAUAGUGCCUUUACCAAUAAUCGGAGAAUGCUUCAUUCUCUUCGGGCCCACGGAACGAGGGAUUCUAACUGGACCAUAGAUUCUGAUCAAAUGAUUCUUUCCUGCAGGACAGCUAAGCCCUCUAUCGUUAGCAUGGAGGCGGAAAACCACACUCGGGUCUCCAAGUUUAUCCUGGUGGGGUUCCCCGGGAGCUUGAACAUGCGCACUGCAGUGUUCCUCAUGUUCCUGGUGUGCUAUAUUCUGACAGUGACUGAAAACGUGAUCAUCAUCCUCCUGGUGCAGCAGAACCGGCCAUUGCACAAGCCCAUGUACUUCUUCCUGGCCAACCUGUCCUUUCUGGAGACCUGGUACAUCUCCGUGACCGUGCCCAAGCUGCUGUUCAGCUUUUGGUCUACGAGCAACAGCAUCUCCUUCACUCACUGCAUGAUACAACUUUACUUCUUCAUUGCGCUCAUGUGCACAGAGUGUGUGCUCCUGGCUGCCAUGGCCUAUGACCGCUAUGUGGCCAUCUGCCGUCCACUCCACUACCCCACCAUCAUGAGCCAUAGGCUCUGUUUCCGCCUGGCUUUUGGUUCCUGGGGCAUCGGCUUUGGCAUCUCUUUGGCAAAGAUUUACUUCAUCUCCCGUCUCACCUUCUGCGGGCCCAAUGUCAUCAAUCACUUCUUCUGUGACAUCUCGCCGGUACUCAAUCUCUCCUGCACAGACAUGUCCAUAGCUGAGCUGGUGGACUUUGUCCUGGCCCUGGUCAUCUUCCUCUUCCCACUCUCGGUCACUGUCCUGUCCUAUGGAUGCAUCCUGGGAACUGUGCUGCGCAUGCCCACUGGAAAGCAGAAAGCCUUCUCCACUUGCGCGUCCCACCUGGUGGUGGUCACCAUCUUCUACUCAGCUACGAUUUUCAUGUAUGCCCGGCCCCGAGCAAUCCACGCCUUUAAUAUGAACAAAAUUAUUUCCAUCUUCUAUGCCAUUGUCACCCCAGCACUAAACCCUUUCAUUUAUUGCCUCAGGAAUCGGGAGGUGAAAGAAGCCCUGAAGAAACUGUCCUGUUACCAGGCAACUGGGUCUGACUAAUCUAUUAUGAGCAGCGAGAGAGAGGGGUGCCUGAGUGCCUGCUCUGCCGCCCCCGUCUUUCCUCUUUCCUUCCGCCUCUGCCUGCGUUUACACGGCACC